AAAGCACAUCGACGGAGAAAGAAGUGAGCAAGACGCUAAUAAGUCAGUCUUAUUAUUUCUUAUCCAGUUUGCAAUAUUUACGUCGUAUAAAAUACAUAUUUGAUUAUUUAUUUAAGGAUAAAGUCGUCUCGAAGCGCUAGAAGCACUGUGCCGCUUCUCCUGCUAUCUUUGCUUGUUAGUUAGCUUAGCUCGCUAGUUAGCUUAGCUUGUUAGCUGCUAACAGAAGACACAGAAGUUGUCAACACAUCGCUAAGUAGAGAUCAAAUGUGAGUGUAAAGUGUUGUGAUUGUGUGAAAAUGUGCGAAAGAAUAGCAAAGUACGAGGAGGAACUUUGUCCGACAAAAGAGGAGAAGGAGCGACAACGUCAACUACUUGAUGUUUAUUAUAAGAAACAUCAUCAAGUUGUGUUACACAGAACAGAUGUCUGUGAAGAACAUCGUCUCUCUGAGCAACAGGAGUGGGGCUUCAGGAUGGUGAAGGAGGAGCCACAGCCCUCUUACUUUAUAGAGGAAGACAAGGACCCACUCUUCCUCCACUUUAAAGAGAAAGAGGAGGUACCAGAGACCCCACACUUUAUAAAGAAAGUGAAGGAUCUACUGACCCCCAACAUUAAACAGAAUACGGAGGAACCACUGACCCCCCACUUUAAAAAGGAAGAGGAGGCGCCACAGACCUCCCACAUUAAAGAAGAAGAGAAGGAACACAGCGUUAGUCAGGACGGAGAGUAUAUUGAAGGACUGGUGGAGUUCCCAGUGAUUGGUGUCCCUGUGAAGAGUGAAGAUGAUGAGGUCAAAGGUGAAAGUGAGGAGAAGAGAGAGGCGGAGCCUCCAAGCAGCAGCUCAACAGAAGCUGAUGGAGACCACUGUGGAGGAUCACAAGCAGACAAGCUCUUAGCUCCACUAUCAGAUAGUGAGGACACAACGUCACACUCUCCUGACACUGAUGAUGAAGACUCUAAAGAUGAUAAGACAUGUCACACUGACAACACUCACUCGAAAUGUUCUCACUGUGACAAAACAUUUAAAUACCAGUGUCAUCUGAAAGUACACAUGAGAACACACACUGGAGAAAAACCUUUUAUCUGCUCAGUAUGUGACAAAGGUUUUGGACAACGUCAAAAUUUGAAAUCACAUAUGAGAAUACACACCGGAGAAAAACCUUUCAUCUGUUCAACGUGUGGUAAAGGUUUUGUUCUAAGAAGCAAUUUGAAAGAACACAUGAGAAUACACACCAGAGAAAAACCUUUUAUCUGUUCAAUCUGUAGUAAAGGUUUUGUACAAAGUAACAAUUUGAAAGUACACAUGAGAACGCACACUGGUGAAAAACCUUUUUUCUGUUCAAUCUGUGGUAAAGGUUUUACAGAAAGUCAGAAUUUGGAAAGACACAAGAGAACACACACUGGUGAAAAAUCACAUUCCUGUUCAAUCUGCAACCGAAGCUUUUGUUCCCGAUCAAACCUUGUAGCACACAUGAAAACACACACAGGAGAGAAAGUGUUGAGUUGCAGUGUGUGUGGUGAAAGAUUCUCUUAUAAGUACCAGUGUAAGAAACACAAGUGUGCUGGUGAGAACAGCAGCAGCAAAUGAAACUGCAGGAUUUGAAAUAAAGUGUCAAGACUUUAAUUCGGACUUUCUAACAACAUCAGCACAUAUAACAUGUGUGACAUUGUUGAUUGUGUAACAAUCUUUUAAAGGCCUACUGAAACCCACUACUACCGACCACGCAGUCUGAUAGUUUAUAUAUCAAUGAUGAAAUCUUAACAUUGCAACACAUGCCAAUACGGCCAGGUUAGAUUAGUAAAGUGCAAUUUUAAAUUUCCCGCGAAAUAUCCUGCUGAAAACGUCUCGAUAUGAUGACGCCUGCGCGUGACAUCACGGAUUGUAGCGGACAUUUUGGGACAGCAUUGUGGCCAGCUAUUAAGUCGUCUGUUUUCAUCGCAAAAUUCCACAGUAUUCUGGACAUCUGUGUUGGUGAAUCUUUUGCAAUUUGUUUAAUGAACAAUGGAGAUAGCAAAGAAGAAAGCUGUAGGUGGGAAGCGGUGUAUUAGCGGCCGGCUGCAGCAACACAAACACGUAGUGGCUACGUCGUAGCCGGUGUUUCAUUGUUUACAUUCCCGAACGAUGACAGUCAAGCUUUACCAUUGGCCUGUGGGGAACUGGGACAACAGAGACUCUUACCAAGAGGACUUUUGAGUUGGAUACGCGGUACCGUGAGUACGCAACUGCGGCUUCCAAACAUUUGAUCGCUUGCCCGUACGUGCGUGCCGCUAUGUGCAUGUCACGUACGUAACUUUGGGGAAAUAUAUGUGCUGUAUGAACUUUGCGGAGGUGAACGGUACUUUGGGCUGUGGGAUUGAGUGUGUUGUGCGGGUGUUUGAUUUGUAUUGGUGGGUUAUAUGGACGGGAGGGGGGAGGUGUUUUUUAUGCAGGAUUAAUUUGUGGCAUAUUAAAUAUACUGUAAGCCUGGUUGUGUUGUGGCUAAUAGAGUAUAUAUAUGUCUUGUGUUUAUUUACUGUUUUAGUCAUUUCCAGCUGAAUAUCAGGUCCCACCCGCCUCUCACAGCAUCUUCCCUAUCUGAAUCGCUUCCACUGCCCUCUAAUCCUUCACUCUCACUUUCCUCAUCCACAAAUCUUUCAUCCUCGCUCAAAUUAAUGGGGAAAUCGUAGCUUUCUCGGUCCGAAUCGCUCUCGCUGCUGGUGGCCAUGAUUGUAAACAAUGUGCAGAUGUGAGGAGCUCCACAACCUGUGAUGUCACGCUACUUCCGGUACAAGCAAGGCUUUUUUAUCAGCGACCAAAAGUUGCGAACUUUAUCGUUGAUGUUCUCUACUAAAUCCUUUCAGCAAAAAUAUGGCAAUAUCGCGAAAUAAUCAAGUAUGACACAUAGAAUGGAUCUGCUAUCCCCGUUUAAAUAAGAAAAUCUCAUUUCAGUAGGCCUUUAAUAUGCUUCUACAUUUAUAGAGUUUUUCAGUAAAGUACAUGCAUUGAUAUGCAACAUUGUGUACUUUUAUUUUGACAAACUAUUACAAGAAGAAUACUUUUACUAAAAAGGUCAGUAAAUCCAAAGCAGUACAAAACAUGUGAUACAUUUAAUUAACAUUUAGUGUAUAUACAUUUUGUACAAGAUCAUUUACUUUUAAAAUGUUUCACUUUAUGAAUCAUUUGUUGGGUCUCCAUAAUCCAUUCUAUUAUCUUGUUUACUCUUUUGUAGUAUAAAUAUUGUAUUGUGUUUGUUUUAUAUGCAUGUCUCCAGAUCUUUUAGCAAUAUAUGGAUGAGAGAAGAUGGCAUAAAUAUUUGUGGAAGGUUAU